CUUUCUGUAGACCUCGGGCAUCUCCUCGCCAAAUGUUCCGAGCCACUUACCACGCAACUCUCACCUUUCCAAUGGCCAAAAUUGCUGCUAUAAGGCAUAUCCGAUCGGCUUGGGACAUGACAGGUCUUGAAUGUUGCGGCAGCAGAUGACCAAGUCGCCGUGGUGAAGCAUGUCAGAAUGGUCGGGAAUCUUACCCUCCAAGACACCGAACUAGCAAAUGAGCAGCCCCAGGGUGCGUGGUCAUUCGAGCCUCUUGUGGGUUGGCGGAAAUGUCAACGUACGAUGCUCCCCAAGCGCGCCGCUCCCCCAUGCUCGACCCCUUUCGAAGCCAAUCCGGCCCCUACCCCACUUUCGCUGUCUGCCUUUGCCAAUCCCACCGAGCCGCCCGAGAACCUCGACGCAUUGCACGCGAUGGGGGCCAGCGGCUUUGCUACUCGUAUCGACAAGCGCAAUACCACGAUCUCCUCGUCCGUGCUCGUCAAGCCAUGUACACCUGGGAUCUACGCACCCGCUACGGCUAUGACAAAGGUCGAGACGGUCUUCGGUGGCCGCCUUGUCUCUGCCGGAUUCGGGAGCGGCUCUCUACCAGGCUCUCGGUACGGACCUCGCAACAAUAUCAUGCACCUCGCGUCCUUCACCGGUAGUUCCUGGCGCGCCGUCACGGUGUUGAUACUCCUCAACGGACUUAAGGGUCAUCAUCGACGGCGAGUUCGAGCCUGGGACUGA